CCAAAGUGAUUUUAACUUAAUUAAUCUUUCUUAAAAAUAUUAAAUUAACUUAUAUCAUAAUCUAUCCGCAUGGUAAAGAUUUGCCGUUGAUUUUGGUCAGGCUAGGAGUAAGGCAGCUAUGUGUUGUGGGCGGGUCCUUAUCGCAAUAGGAAACACACACACGCGCACCACUGCUGAAAUCUCUCCUGUUUUCCGCUCAAACUGACCGGUUUCUGCUCUUUAAUUGAAGGUUAAAGGUUAAAGCAGCAUGUCAUCAGCGCUCGAAAAGCCGCAGAUCAUCGCGCACAUCCAGAAGAGUCUGAACUACACGGUGUUUGACAGCAGAUGGGUUCCCUGCAGCGCCAAGUUUGUUUGUAUGGGAAACUUCGCCCGAGGAACCGGAGUCGUGCAGAUCUAUGAGGUCCAGCACGGGGAGCUGCAGCUGGUCAAAGAGAUAGAGAAAGCCAAGCCGAUCAAGUGUGGGACGUUUGGAGCCACAUCUCUCCAGCAGAGGCAUCUGGCCACGGGGGACUUUGACGGCAGUCUUAAUGUUUGGAAUCUGGAGGUGCCGGAGAGCCCGGUGUACUCGGUGAAAGCUCACAAGGAGAUCAUCAACAGCGUUGAUGGAGUGGGCGGAUUGGGCAUCGGUGACGGGGCCCCUGAGAUCGUCACCGGGAGCAGAGACGGCACAGUCAAGGUGUGGGACUCCAGGCAGAAAGACACGCCUGUGGUGAACAUGGAGCCCGUGGAGGGAGAAACCAAGAGAGACUGCUGGACCGUUGCUUUUGGUCACGCUUUCAAUGACCAGGACCGCUGUGUGUGUGCUGGAUACGACAACGGUGACAUCAAGUUAUUUGAUCUCAGAAAUAUGGCUCUACGAUGGGAGACAAACAUCAAAAACGGGGUGUGCUCUGUUGAAUUUGACAGAAAAGACAUCAACAUGAACAAACUAGUGGCAACAUCUUUAGAGGGCAAGUUUCAUGUGUUUGACAUGAGGACCCAGCACCCCACCAAAGGCUUCGCUUCCGUGUCUGAAAAGGCUCACAAGUCUACAAUAUGGCAAGUGAGGCAUUUGCCUCAAAACCGCGACAUCUUCAUGACAGCCGGUGGAGCCGGUAAUCUGCAUUUAUGGAAAUAUGAGUAUCCAGCCCAGAGGACUAAAAAGGGUGCGGAUGAUGUAGACAUGGGCGUCGCUGGAUCUGUGAACCUCCUGCAGAACGUCACUCUGUCCACACAACCCAUUUCCAGUCUCGACUGGAGCCCGGACAAACAGGGUCUCUGUGUUUGCUCUUCAUUUGACCAGUCUGUACGAGUCCUCAUUGUGACCAAACUCAACACAGUCUGACUUAACUUGAGUUCACUUCUCUACUGUUAUUCCCAAACAAACUGGAAAAUCUGAUGACUGUUUACAUGCCACGUGUAUAUCUUAAGUUUAUAUGUGCAGUUAUAUUUGAGUUUGUUUUUUUU